AUGAGGCGGUUCGAAUACGACGAGGCGUACGAGGAUGAGGACGUGUACGACGACGACGAGCCCGGGUACCAUCCCGUGGACGACGACGAGCCCGACCUCGAUUUAAACGCGCCGGGCCUCGACAUAGCCGGGGGCCCCGACGGGGCGACCGACUGGGAUCUCGGGCUCACGGAGGAUCGCCUCGCCGAGCUGGCGGGCACCGACGACCUCGCGACGUGCUCGCACCUGGAGAUCCGGGCCGACGCGACGCGCGAUGACCUCAGUGGCAUCGGCCGCGCCAUGCCCGCGCUCGCCAGACUCCGCCUCAGCAGCAGCGUCGUGCCGGCGGCUCGCGCGUUCGGCAGCGCGUUCCAGAGGCUCCAGGUGCUCUGGAUCGCGAGGAGCGGCCUCGAGGAUCUCGCGGGCAUCGGCGCGCUGGUGCAACUGCGCGAGCUGUACGCGGCGUUCAACGACGUGAGCGACGUGUCCCCACUCGCCGAGCUGGACCAUCUCCGCGCGGUCGACCUGGAGGCUAACCGCGUGGCGGAUGAGGACGCGCCAGACUACCUCGGCAUGUGCCCCGCGCUCAACACGCUGUCGCUGGAGGGGAACCCGCUCAGCAGGCGACGUCACUACAGGCGGCUCGUGGCUCGCGCGGUCAAAGGUUUGGUCACCCUCGACGAUCGGGACGUGACCGAGGCGGAGCGCCUGGGGGGUGCGGGCGGCGGGGAGGACGAGGACGGCGGGCGGGACGGGACCGGGGGGGAGGACGGGACCGGGGGGGAGGACGGGACCGAAGUCGACGUCGGAACAUCCGGCGAGGACGAGAUCUCCAUGGUCGCCGACGGCAUCAAGUACGCGGCCGUCGGCAUCGACGACCCGGACGCGGUCAUCACCAGGGACGAGGUCACCGGAGACCUGUCCAUCGAGGUGGCGGAGGAUCCCCUCGCGGAUCACGGGCCCCCGGGUGGGGGGGAGUUUUUCCCCAGUCGGCCGUCGACGUCGGCGUCGGUUCAACCGAUCGGCGCCCGGCCCGGAACGUCGUCGAAUUCCUCGGAUUCGUACGCCUCGUCCAGGCCCUCGUCCAGGCCGCAGACGGCCAACUCCCUCGCGAGGUCCAACUCCCUGGGCGCCGCGCUUAGAUCCGCGGCGUCGUCGAGGCCCGGCACGGCUCGAUCGAGGCCUGGGACGGCGGCGAGCGCGGGCUCGAGGUCGAGGCCGGGGACGGCGGCGAGCUGGGGCGCGUGCCGGCCCGGGACGGCGUCGAGGCCCGGGUCGCGGGAGUGGGGUAUGCACCGCCCGGGGACGUCGGGGUCCGGAGCGUCCAGGCCGGGCACGGCGAUGUCCGCCGAGGGUUGGGGGUUUGGCGGGGAUUCGCUGCAGGAUUCGCUGUUUUGGAAAAAGAAUCGCGUCAAGGAGACGCGAGCCGGGAUGGCGGACAGGGGGGACUCCGCCGACGGGGGAGGGUUCGCGGACGGGGGUGCGAGUAAGCUCACAAUCGGCGCGGGAACGCUCGUGGGUAACCCCGCCAAGCUGCUGUCCAGGCGCAAGAAAGAGGCGCCGGCGGAGGCUGACGAGGUUGCGGAUGGGGACGAGAGCAAGGAGGGCGUCGACGAGAAGGACGAUAUCCUCGCGCAGCUGCGUCGGUGGAAGAUCGAGAUGGCGGAGUCGUUCUCGCGGUUCCAACUCGAGCGAGACGUGGACUUGGAGUUUGAGGUGCCGGAGAAGUUCGAGGCGAUGCCGCCGCCGCCGCCCAGGCCGCCGCAACCGCAGGCGCAGCAGGCGAGCGGCGGAUACGCGCCGGCUCCGCCCCCGCCCCGGUUCACGCCGCAGCCGCCGAAGAUGGUGCCGCAUCCGCCCCCACCGCGGGGAGGGGGUGGAAUCCAGGCCGCGUAG